GAAGAAGAAGGGCGGACGCGGCCGGGGCGGCAAGGCCAACAACCCGCCCUACCUGCCGCCCGAGGCAGAAGAUGGGAACAUUGAGUACAAGCUGAAGCUGGUGAACCCCUCACAGUAUCGCUUUGAGCACCUAGUGACACAGAUGAAGUGGCGGCUGCAGGAAGGCCGGGGCGAGGCUGUAUAUCAGAUUGGUGUGGAGGACAAUGGGCUGCUGGUGGGCCUGUCAGAGGAGGAGAUGCGUGCUUCCCUCAAGACUCUGCGCCGCAUGGCUGAAAAGGUCGGCGCUGACAUCACCGUCCUGCGGGAGCGUGAGGUAGAUUAUGACAGCGACAUUCCCAGGAAGAUAACAGAGGUCCUUGUCCGGAAGGUUCCUGAUAACCAGCAGUUCCUAGACCUGCGAGUGGCUGUGUUGGGGAAUGUGGACUCAGGGAAGUCAACCCUGCUGGGUGUCCUCACGCAGGGUGAGCUGGAUAAUGGGCGGGGCAGAGCUCGCCUCAACCUCUUCCGGCAUCUCCAUGAAAUUCAGUCAGGAAGAACAUCCAGCAUCAGCUUUGAGAUCCUGGGCUUCAACAGCAAAGGAGAGGUAGUGAACUACAGUGACUCACGAACCGCAGAAGAAAUCUGUGAGAGUUCCUCCAAGAUGAUCACCUUCAUUGACCUGGCUGGCCACCACAAGUACCUGAAAACCACCAUCUUUGGCCUCACCAGCUACUGCCCGGACUUUGCUAUGCUGGUGGUGAGUGCCAACACUGGCAUUGCAGGUACAACGCGAGAGCACCUGGGCCUGGCCAUGGCCCUCAAGGUACCUUUCUUCAUCGUCAUCAGUAAAGUGGACUUGUGUUCAAAAUCCACUGUGGAACGGACUGUGAAGCAGCUGGAGCGCAUCCUGAAGCAGCCGGGCUGCAACAAGCUCCCCUUGUUGGUGAACUCGGACGACGAUGCUGUUACAGCAGCACAGCAGUUUGCACAGUCUCCCAACAUCACCCCCAUCUUCACUCUGUCCAGCGUUUCUGGGGAGAACCUGGAUCUCUUGAAAGUUUUCCUCAACAUCCUUCCUCCUCUGACCAACAGCAAAGAGCAGGAGGAGUUGAUGCAACAGCUCACAGAGUUCCAGGUGGAUGAGAUCUACACAGUGCCUGAGGUGGGGACUGUCGUGGGAGGAACACUGUCAAGUGGGAUCUGCAGAGAGGGGGAGAACCUGGUGGUUGGCCCUACUGAUGAUGGCAAGUUCCUUCAGCUGAAGGUGUGUAGCAUCCAGCGGAACCGUUCAGCAUGUCGCGUGCUCCGGGCAGGACAGGCUGCUACCUUGGCCCUUGGGUCCUUUGACCGGUCCCUGCUACGCAAGGGCAUGGUGAUGGUGAGCCCAGAGAUGAACCCCACCAUCUGCUCAGUCUUUGAAGCUGAGAUCGUACUGCUUUUCCACGCCACAACUUUCAGGAAAGGAUUCCAGGUGACUGUGCAUGUGGGGAAUGUGCGGCAGACUGCCAUUGUGGAGAAGAUUCAUGGGAAGGACAAGCUUCGAACAGGGGAGAAGGCUGUCGUUUGUUUCAGGUUUAUCAAACACCCUGAGUACUUGAAAAUCGGAGCCAAGCUGCUCUUCCGGGAAGGAGUCACCAAAGGCAUUGGGCAUGUCACCGACCUUCAAGGCAUCACCACCAAAGAGAACAGCUUAGAGGAAACCCUGGGGACAGGAGGGCUGAGCUUCUGACUACCAUUCAGUGGGAGCACUCUCCAGACACCAACGAUUGGGGAGACUGAUGGGAGCUCCCCCAGCUCUUCAGGUGCUGCCAGGAGCUGCUGCUACCCAGUUCUAGCAUGGGUUUCUCUCCUCCGCGUUGCAAGAUGGAGCCCAGGAGAUUUUCUUGCAUUCAGUGCCCUUCGUGGGACAAAUGAAGCAUGUCUUUGCAUCGCCUGCUGUUUUCGUUAACCUGCCCUCUCUGAAAAUAGACCAGCGGCAGACCUGGGCAGGCGAGUCCUGGCUUUGUCUCGUUUGGAAAGUUACUGGCUUAUGCAAAGCAAAGCCCCUGAAGUGAAUGACUGGCAGUGAAGGGAAUCUGCCCCUGCCAUGCAGAAAGAUCAGCCCCAUUCUGGCUUUCCAAGCAUUGCGCCUUGUUGUACUGUUUUCCCUAUGGGGCAUAGACCUUUGGGUAGGGGCAGGAGCAAGCCUUGCCACCUACAGCAGGGGCUGGGUUACACAUGGACUCACGAACAAAAGGAACGCCUCUCAAAUUGCUUUCAGGACACUUUUUAACCCUUUGAUUUUUGGCUGGUUUUAAGCCAGUCCUCAUUCCCUUCUGUGCUGAGUUUUCAGGACUCCUGCUUAGAGUUUCGUCUCUUCCUGUGUGUGUCAACUUGGGGGAAACACCUUCCUGGACUAGCCCUCACCUGGUGGGGUGACUUCUGCCUACUGCUUCUGUCAUGUGGGCGGUCCACACAGCCCAGUGCAGUUGGCCUGCUAAAGGCAGCAUGAAGCUAGAUUUUACACCUGUCUCUUCUGCUUACUGAGGCUAGCCAUAGCCUGUGCUUAUACCUACAGGUGUCUGUUGGAGUUUAACAGCAGUGAUUUGCAGUGGAUUUUUUGCAGUCAGGCUCUGCCCCAGCCUAGCUCGCUCUUUGGGGACUUGCCUUAAUAUUUAAGAAGCCUAGUGGGCAGUUAGUGUUACAACACACAGUGGCUUCUACCAUUGGAUGCAAUUUUGACAGCAACUGCUGCAGUGAUACUUUUGCUCUCCUUCUUGGCCAAGUAGAGGGAACUUCCUUGUGUCUGCCAUGGAGACUCGGUGUCAGAGGGGAGCUAGUGUGAGCCUGUAAUCACUGAAGCAGGUAGAGACCAGCAUGAUCCUGUCCCCCUCCACUCUGGCUAUGUACUUCCCCACUUGUGUCCUUCAGGUAACAAGUGCUGAGUACUGGUGAGGGGCAGCCUGGAGAGUGCAGUGGAGGCUAUAUUGCUAUACAUAAGGCUCCUGAUUUUCUUGGUGACUUCAGCCAGGCUGGUUGGCUGGAGCACUGCCUGAAGCUAGCAUGCUGUGUAAGGAGACAUGGACAGCUGGGCUGGGUAGCGUCUGCAGGUGGUGUUAAGGAGAAAGAAGGGAGCUAGUGUUUUGCUCCCUGUGAUGCAGAUCAGAUGCUCUCAGGCAAGUGCCCCUCAAACAACCUGGGGGCAGAUGCCUCUGCUGCCUCCUGCUCUGGGUUUUCUUGCUGGGGCUGCCGCCACAGUCUGUGGAGGUAAGACUGAAUGGCUGAGCUUACCACUCCAGUGAGCUGCUCUAGAUCAGCUUCCUCACCACCAGCU